CAUAGAGUGAUACCUAGGGGUCAAGUCUGGUAUUCGGAUCUUAUUGCAGAAUAUAUACAGUAUUCACAUUAGUAACUGUUUAUUUACAUGGGUAUUCUCUUGAUCUAAGUGAUAUAGCAAUUGAUCUAACGAUUCUUGCUUUAUUGGAUUUUCUUCUCACUCUAUUAUGUUCUAAAGUUUACCUUUAGUGAUUCACACAAUUGAAAACAUUUACAGCUAAUAUCUGGGGUCACUAUUUCCGAUUCUCUUGCAACCUUGUCCAGAAUCUUUUAUUGUCAAGCGACCCUUGACGUAUAUAUAUUUUGAUUUCCUGCUCAUUGAAAAGAUUCAUGAAAUAAAUUACUCUCGUUGAGCAGACAUUAGUAAAGUUGCGAAGUGAAAAGAAGUACACUGCUAUCUGAGCGGAUUUGACAUUAUCAUCAUGGCUAAAAAUUCGUCGCAUUCAUCUCGCAAGGCCAAACAAAGCCUACAUCUUCAAAUUAGCAGGGAAGAAGACUGGAGACAAUACUCUGAUCCUGCUAUACGAAGAAAGCUACAAAACCGUAUUGCGCAGCGAAAGCACCGCCUUAAAAUAAAGCUCUUGAAGCUCAAGUUCAAAUCCUUGAAAGAAAAGACUAUAUCGCAAACAGAUCCAAUGCACAUGGACUCUAAGCAAGUGAAUUCCUCUUCUAUGAAAAGACACGACAAACGUAUUUACAACUCUAGAGGGACACCUUGGCCUCAAAACACACGUACGACAUUGUCGAAAGACACAUUGGCUCUGGCAAAUGCAGAGCUGCAGGUUUUGAGCAAGGAACCUUCGUCGUAUAAUAAUAUCUUGGUAACCGCUCUAUCAACACUUAUCACAGAAGAUUGCUAAACUCAAACUUAAUAGGGGAAUUAUCAGGAAGAUCUAUUUCUUAUGUCUGGUGAUUGGAAU